AUGGCCGAAAUAGUAGGCGUCGUCGCUGCGGGCAUUGCCUUUGGCGAGGUAGUCAUCAAGAUCAGCUCGCAUAUUUUUACGCUAAAGCACAUGUGGAAGGAGUUCAAGGAGAUGCCAGACUCCAUCAAGCAACUCGUUGGAGACAUUGAGCUGCUUGGAUUGGUACUGCAGGAGAUGGAAGCUGACAUGACGAGCUCGACUGCAGACGGAAUCGUCUGGGGUGGUGGCGUUGGCAGCCUCAUUGUCCAGGCCUGUCGCAGCGCUCUCAAUACCUUGUCCUUAUCGGUCAAUGACGUGUCGCAAGAGAUACGAGCGACAAGAGGCAUCAAAGUAGCGCUGGGAAAGGGUAAAAUGGUGUUGAAGAAAGAGUUUUGGGCAAAGACGGAGAAGCGCUUGCAGGAUGUCAUGGGGCGGCUUCAGAUUGCGCAGCAAUGGUGGCUGAUGUUGAGCAGCGCUCUAUCAAAACGACAAACUGAUCUGAUCGUCUGUCAUCUGCAACCGGCGCGAAUCGAGUCUCGGCUUAUACAAGGCGAAGCCCCGUCCGAGGCCCAAGAACAGAUGCAUAACGUGCCAAAUCAACGACACAGCACCUACAGACCAAAUGAGUGUGCUGACCAAAGGCAAAACAAGCUAAUUCAAAGGCAUCUAGGACGGACGAUUAUUGGUAGCAUGGCUGUUGAUCGGGCACGGUCAAGCGACGGCAGCAACCACGGUACCACUUGCGACAAAUACUUCAUUCAACAAAAAGUAUCUCUGCUAAUUUCUGGUCAGUAUGCGCUGAGCGGGCGCUGCGACACCCGUACCAUCGCCACAAUGGUUGACUGGGGCCUCGACCUAACAAGAUGUCUUGAUUCUGGUGAUAAAAGCUCUUCCAAUACACUCAGGGAGUUGGUGCGCCAUUUUAAUAGAUACCGAGCUAUCCAUGAGUUUGUCGUUGCCAAAAAUCUUGACCAAGACAUCAGCGACUGCUGGCUUCUCCCUAGCUAUAAGAGUAAGCAGCGCGACUGGCGAUCAGUAACACCUCAUCUUUCAUGGUGUAGUGACUCAUUGCGGUUAUUUAUACCUCACUUUCGACCUGGGCACUAUCGUAUGCAUGUCCUUGACCGGCUGCGUCUCGCCACCAAUCUCUUUUAUAAUCAUGCAGACGACCUGCGCUAUCUCCUUUGGAUCGACGGAAAGGUGCAAAGAGACGAUGUUCGGACUCUCGAUGAGAUUGGGCUUCCUCUGAUGAAUAUUAUUUCAAGCAAUUACGCCCUACACCUACAGCUCCUGAACAACAGCCGCUCCACGGAAAGUUGGCGACAGCUUUCGAGAGAAAUUGCUGGCCUGACGACUCUUCUUCACUCUACGGAAAAACCGUCACAGGUCACCAUGGAAGCUCUCGAAGCCUGGUAUGUACCCAUUGGAACGGCCCUUUUCACGAUUCUCAGGAAUCAGACCGUUGUCGAUGCUUGGCGUAUACCGUCCUCGAGGGGGUUUUCACAGUGGAGGCGGGCCUUUGAGCGUGUCCUCCAGAAUUGGCUCGAGGACCUACAGAGAGGCGGUAUUGACUUGGAAAAAUACGGGCAAGUGGAAGAAGAGAUUUUUCGGCAAAUGAAUUGGUUCAAAUCAACAGUCUUUCGCCAACCGAAAAGGUGGUACAGUUGUGGUCCAACCACGUAUGCGCUCAUCGGCUUCAAUUACGGGUCAGAGCCAGAGGAUUGGAGAUUUGAGUGGGAACUAGACACAGAUGAGCUAGUGGGAGAAUUCUGGGAGCUGAUUGACAACCAGGAUAUACGUAUAGUUGGCUCAUGGGUUGACUGA